ACUGUCGAAAGUGGUUUAGUUUUAGGUGGAAUUAAUCUCUAUAAAAACGCUUCAUUGUUUUUUAAUGGUAUCAGUUUCUUGACAACUUACAACCAUCAAUACAACAUGGCUUUUAAAGUAAUCAUCUUUGCCUCAUUUUUGGCUUUCGCCAACGCCGGUAGCUGGGAUAGUACAUUAGCAGUUCCCGCAGCUCCAGUAGUAUCAGCUUAUCACUCGGCUCCAGUAUUGGCUGCUCCUGCUGUUUCCAAAUCGAUUGUCCAAACCUACACCAGCCACCCAGCGCCUGUAGCCGUUGCUGCUCCAGUUUUAGCUAAAUCAGUAGCUCCAGUAGUAUCCGCCUAUUCCGCUCCAUUGGCUCUACCAGCUCACGGACCUGUUGUAUCUGCCUACUCUGCUCCAUUAUCUCUACCAGCCCAUGGGCCAGUUUUAUCAUCAUACUCCGCUCCAUUGUCUCUACCAGCCCAUGGUCCUGUUGUAUCAGCGUACUCAUCUCCAUUAUCUCUACCAGCCCAUGGCCCCGUUUUAUCGGCGUACUCAUCUCCAUUGUCUCUACCAUCCCAUGGCCCCGUUGUAUCAGCGUACUCAGCUCCAAUAGUAGCUAAAAGCCCCCUUUCGUAUGCUGCACAUUCACCAGUUGUCUCUGCUUACUCUUCCCCACUUCUCUCAUCGUACUCUGCACCAAUUGUAUCCAAGAGUGUAUCUCCUCUAGCUUAUGCUGCACCUUCUCCAGUUUUAUCAGCCUACUCUUCUCCAGUUGUAUCUGCUUACUCUUCACCAAUUCUAGCUAAGAGUUUGGCUCCAGCACCAGUUGCCUAUGCCGGGCACGCUGCUCCAGUUCUAUCCGCUUACUCUGCUGGACCCGUUGUUCAACAAUGGUAAUUGCAAAUGUGAUAAAAAUCUUUAAGUUAUUUAUUUAUGAAUAAAGAAACGUUAGUAAAGCA